AUGAAAAGAAAAGCAGAUAAGCAGCAAAGCUCUGCCCCUCGCUCAGCGGUUAGUGCUGUUGCUGCACGUCGAGCUCGUCAGCACCAACUACAAGUCGCUUCGUCACACGGUAAUGCGCCAAUCGAUAAUAAAGAAGCUGAACCUCCAGCAAAGAAGGCACGCCCAUCUCCUGAUAGAUCCCUCAAACAUGCCGCCCCGUCAAAUGUCGUUAGAGCAAACGGGAACCGCCUAGCUGCUCCGGUCAAAGCUGUCUCGGCGGAUCUAGCUUUCGAGUUAAGCAGCAUCGAUGCCACAGAAGCACUGAAGAGUGAAACAAGUGAAGAUGGAAAGAUAGUGGCUGGKGAUGAGAAUGAUGACGAGGAGGAGGAUACAGAUGCUCGCAACAAUGCAGACCACGCAACUCCCUCACGAAUACAUUCCACCGCCGAAAACUUUACGCUUUCAAGAAACAAAUUGCGAAGGAGUGAUAUUGUCUAUAGUGAUGAGCAUAUGCUAUGCGUGCGGUUGAAAGAAAAGACGACUCUGGUUCUCAUUGGCAUCUACGAUAUCUGGGUGAAAAGAGGUGUUAUCAGCUUAAUGGGUGCGAAAUUACAUCCCUCUACAGAGACGUAUCGGGUAUACGCGCCAUCUACACAUUCGCUUCCCGUCAUCAAGUGUGUAUCCGGCGUGGAAGGCUUUGCGGAGAUUGAACUACAAUCGUGUUCGAGCGACUUACAAGGGCUCAAAGAGCUAUCGCCUCACUAUUCGCGAAUUUGGAAUAGUAGUAGAACUGUGGGAGACAGCGCAACCCUCGGCGGGUCGUUUCAGCGGUCAUUUUCUAUAUUAUAUACAUCAUCGGAUGAUCCUUUGAAUCGACCAUUGCGUCCGCUUCACCUGGAAAAGAAAUGGAGCACCACAAUCAAAUCUCUAUCGCGUCGUGCACAUUCACUAAGGGCCUUGAUAUGUGGCCCGAAAGGUGCCGGAAAAUCGACUUUCGGACGCUACCUGCUCAACCAUCUCCUAACACCUGCGCCUGAUGGAUCCUCUGACAAUCUAAAUGGAAUUGCCUUCCUCGAUCUUGACCCCGGACAACCGGAAUUUGUGCCUAUGGGAAAUAUAUAUCUCGCGCAUCUACGCGAACCUUGCUUCGGACCACCGUUCUCUCACCCAAACUUGAAUAACUCACGUUACGGGAAAGUUAUUCGAUGUCAUCAUAUAGGUGCAACCUCUCCGAAAGAAGACCCCGAUAACUACGCCUCGGCCAUAAUGAACCUCUUAGAUCAGUAUCGCGUGUUAACUGCAACAUACCCGCGAUGCCCUCUUAUCAUAAACUUCCCAGGUUGGAUCUUCGGGUUGGGAUUAGAGAUUGCUACAUGGAUUAUACGAUCGGCUGGGCUCUCAGACGUUGUAUACAUGAGCGAAAAAGGUCCUACUGAGGUGAUUGAGCCAUUACGACAUGCAGCCUUAGAGGCUGGUGUUAGCUUGACCACUCUACCUUCCCAGCCGGUUGAUAUGGUUACAAGGUCGAGUGCACAAUUACGAUCAAUGCAAAUGCAGUCAUACUUCCAUAUGACACAGUCUGAGGGUUUAUUAGAUUCUUUUUGGAACGAAUCGCCUCUUAUACACAGCAAACCUAUUCACGUCAAUUAUUCAGGCCCUCAGCCUGGCAUAGCUGGGAUCAUGGUACUGGGAAACCAUUAUAGCCCGCAAGUCUUACGAGACAUUCUAGACGGGUCAAUUGUGGCCGUUGUUGCGAUUGAAAAUGCCAGCGCAAUUCCAAAUUAUUCGGAAAUCAAAGCAAAAUUGGAUGGCGAUAGCCGUGCAGAAGAGCAAACCGACGCAAUGGCUGAAGACCAGAGUGAGGACAACGAGAAACCCAAUGUCGAUGAAUUGUCGGCUAAUGGCAACCAACGGGUGAAAGAUUUUCUAAAUGACAGUAUCACCCGCUGCCAAAAGAGCGGCCUUCCAUACCUCGUUUGGGGUGCAGGCAGUAGCACCCCAUUAGAUCCCAAAGCCUCUCGCUCCCUCGGUCUCGCGUUUGUCCGCUCAAUCGAUGUUUCCGCACAAAGACUGGAACUGAUAAGUCCAAUACCCGGUUCUUCAAUUCGUGACGCCAUCAAUCAAGGACAAAGCCUCGUUCUUGUACGAGGAAUGAUAGACAGCCCCGACUGGGCUUUCAGUGAAGAGUACUAUGCAGCUCGCAACGCCGAGCAAGAUUUCAUCACUCAAAUAUCCUCCACGAACAAAAGUACAGCAAAGAGCCGCGGCAAGGAAGACGACGAGACGAAAAGAGAACAAAACGAGCAGCUGCGGCGAUUGCAGGAACGUGUGCGAGCGGCAAGUAAGAUGCCGUAUCUAAAGGUCAUUGAAGAUGCGAGUGCGUUGCAUCAGAAUGAGGGUAGACAGGAGAAUGGGACGUGGAGGUUGAGGAAGAAGGUUUAUAUCAGUAGUGAUAGCGAGCUGGAUUGA